AGUUAAUGUUUCUGUUUGCUAUUUAAAUAUGUCUGUGUAGGCUUAGUAGGUUAACUCGGGUUUACGACUGUGUCAAAGUCCAGGGUUGGCUCACAGCUUGUUGAGGGGGUCUGCUGCUGCGCUGCUGCUGCGCUGCAAACAAGGAGCCAUUAUUUUUGCAGCCGUCACAGCUCAGAGACGCACAACGGCACCGACACGCUUUGUUUGGGCUUGUGACAGUGCAGAAAACAGACGCUUUGCACGGUCAAAAUGUUGAGGAAAUCUCUCGUAAACAUCGGACUGGGAGUGAACCGGCAGCAGCGUAAAGGGAUCCAGAAAGUAACCUCCGGAUUCAACUAUGGAGAGACGCCGCGCCGCGACGCAGCGACCUCCACCAGCAGCAGCAGCACCUUGAUGGGUGACAACAAAGUGAAAACCAUGGCUGAAUUAGGGGGACCGAGUUUCCUCAACAGCCUGUACUGGCUUUUUGUCAAGGGAUAUUUCCAAACGACGCAGCAGUUGCAAAUCGAGCACUGCAAGAUCUACGGCCCGUUGUGGAAGUCUAAAUACGGCCCCUUGGUGGUGGUGAACGUGGCCAGUGCCGAGCUGAUAGAGCAGGUGCUGAGGCAGGAGGGGAGACACCCGGUCCGGACCGACAUGCCCCACUGGAGGGACUACAGGGAGCUGAGGAACCAGGCCCACGGACCCCUGACAGAGAUGGGAGCCAACUGGCAGCGCAUCCGCAGCAUCUUGAACCCUCGGAUGUUGAAGCCCAAACAUGUGUCGUCGUACGCCAACACCAUCAACGAGGUGGUGACGGACUUCAUCCAGAGAGUGGCCUGGCUGAGGGAUAGAAGCGGACAGGGAGUUCUGGUCAAUGACCUGACUGGAGAACUCUACAAAUUUGCUUUUGAAGGGAUCUGUUCGGUGUUGUUUGAGACCCGUAUGGGCUGCAUAAACGAGGACGUGCCGGAGGAAACCCAGAAGUUCAUCGUCUCCGUGGGGGAAAUGUUCCGACUCUCCCCGGUCAUCGUCCUCUUCCCUCGGUUCAUGUGGCCUUACCUGCCGUUCUGGAAGAAGUUUGUUGCGACCUGGGAUCAUCUCUUCAAAGUCGCUGAAGAUUUGGUGAAGAAGAAAAUGGAGGAGAUCCAGGAGAACGUGCAGCUGGACCGGAACGUUGAGGGAGCGUAUCUCACACAUCUGCUGCUCAGCGACCAGAUGACGGUGACGGAGAUCCUGGGCAGCAUCACCGAACUCCUGCUGGCAGGAGUCGACACGGUGAGCGUUCCCAGACGUCGUACAGUUACAGAAGUAAACGGUGUGUUUAGUCUCAGGAAUACAUGCACAAGGG